UCUCCUCCUCCCCCCCUUAUAGUUUAGCCACCUCCUCAAAAGCCUUGCCACCGCCAAUCUCCAAUCUUGUCGAACCAUCAUCUCAUGAUUUGAAAGAAACCAUAAUUUCUGCUGUUUUUCUUGGUGGGUUUUUCGUUUCUGUUCUAAACAUUCCUUGACCAGCUUUUUAAGUACACCCAUAUACAUUAACUGCAGCCAUCUUAAUAGUGGUAUGCAAAAGAGAUACAGAUUUUAUACGUCGAAAGUAUUUUAGUGGUGUUUUGUUAAUGACCAUUGAAGCUAUGGGGGAGCAAAGAAGAGAACCAGUUGCACACGUGCACAGGGUUGGAUAUGCCAAUCGUGCUAUCAGGAAGAAGAGAUGCAAGAGGACUAAAAAGUGCGCAUCGACGGUUCCCAUGGCACUGCAAGAUCUGUUUGUGUCAUGUAGACAAAUGUUUAAAGGUCCUGACACUGUUCCUUUGCCUGAAGACAUCAAGAGAUUGUGCAACAUACUUGAUAACAUGAAGCCCGAAGAUGUUGGGCUAAGUAGCGAGCUGCAAUUCUUCAAGACUAAAGCUGCAGUUAAAGGGACUCCAAGGGUCACUUACACGACCAUUUACAAGUGCAAUGAUUUUUCGCUGUGUAUUUUCUUUCUUCCAGCAAAUGCCGUCAUCCCUCUCCAUAACCAUCCCGGAAUGACAGUCUUUAGCAAACUUCUUCUAGGGAAAAUGCACAUAAAAGCAUAUGACUUGGUUGAUCCUCCUAGAGCAGAUGGGCCUGACACUCCAAUCCAAUUGCGGUUAGCGAAAUUGGAAGCGGACAGUGUUUUAACAGCUCCUUGCAACACUUCAGUUCUAUAUCCAACAACAGGUGGAAAUAUCCAUCAAUUCACUGCUAUCACACCUUGUGCAGUUCUUGAUGUGCUUGGACCUCCCUAUUCCAAAGAAGGUGAUCGAGAUUGUUCAUACUACAAAGACUUUCCGUACACUGCAUUGUCGAAUGGAGAAAUGGAGCUGAAAAAAGAAGAGGGUAGCUGUUAUGCAUGGUUGGAAGAGACGGAGGUGCCAGAGAAUUCAAAAAUGGAUGGAAUUGAAUAUUUAGGUCCACAAGUUGAUGAAAGCAGGUGCUAGAUGCUAGAUGGAUGCCUUCACACAGAGUUCCUCUGUUUCUUCUUCUUCUUUUCUUUUCAUUUUUCUAAAUCUUUGAUAGUGGAACUUUACUUUCUUUCUUCUUUUUUUGUAAUUUUCGUGUGCAUAGAAACCUCACAUGAUAUCGCGUUUUCUGUCUGCUGUGAAACCAGGGGCUUCAGUUCCUAGCCCUGCCAAUGGUUUAUGGGUUUUCUAGCA